AUGCAGCCCGUUCGAGAGGAUGCUGAAUUUUUUGGCGGAGCCGAGCGUUCCGGCGUGAUCCCUUCGCCGACCCAGCCUGUUCACAGCGAAUGGAGACCACCACUGGCGUGGGCCGGACCGCCACGCGAUUCGCGUUUCCUGGCUGAGGCCCCGUGGCCGGCAGAAGCUGUAGCGCCCGACCGCAGCUAUGCCGGUUACUACAACGAAGGUAGCGCCGAGCCCGUUUCCGAGCAGUCGCUGGAGCCCGUAGCUGAGGCGGAGCCCUCGAAUUCGCGAAGCCUGAGCUUCGUCCUCGGCGUCGCUUUCGCGGGGCUCCUCUUGGGCGUCGGCCUUCUCGUCGUGCACAGCGGGCUGUCGCCGUACGACAUCAGCCCGCACGUUGAUGAGGACGACGGGGAGCGGCGGCUCGACGUGGCGCCGAACACAUUCGGCGAGCGCCUCAUUCAGCCGAGGAUUGUGCAUCCGGACAUCGGCGAAUUCGGCAACAGGAAAACGACGAUAGGCAAUCGCGCUCGGAUCCAAGUCGCGGACAGAGCGGCGAACGGAGGGACAGCUGGACCACCGCUGACGAGUGCGAAGACGAGCCCCGAGACGACGACACCUGCCACAGCGGUGUCCACGGCUCGGGGCGAAGACGACGCACAAACGAGACGCGCCACCACUGGCGAGUCAUGUAGCCGUCACGUGUACACGCACUGCUUGCGGCCGCAGCCGGAGUUCUACUACAGUGCCGACGAUCGAGCCUGCGUCCCGGCGGCCGCGGAUACCGUGCACGUGUGUAACCGCGGCUCCAACCGGUUUACCAGCUUCGAGAGCUGCUUUUCCAGCUGCGUCAACGGCCCCCGCGUCUCGGACCGGUGCUACGAAAGCACGCUGUUCUUUCCCUGCGACCGGCAAGACGUGCUGCACGUGCCCUGGUACUUCGACGGCACGAAGUGCGUCGCGUGGACUUUCCCGCAAGGCUCCUGCUUGUCCGUGGCUCACCGGGGCGUGUUUCGCAGCUCGGCAGAUUGCCGCCGGCACUGCGUGCUCCGUACGGGGCCGGAGUGUGCCCAUCCGCCCCCGGCUGAGGCGUGCUCGCCUCGGCAACUGAGACACCCUUAUUUCGCCGACAUGCAGGCACGCGGUGGCGCUCGCUGCGUCAACGCCUCCCAGCGGACGCUCCAGUCGCGCCGCUGCCUCAUCGGCUCCAACCAGUUCGCUUCACUCGCCGCCUGUCGCAAAGCUUGCGUCCGGAAUUAGUGCAUUCCACAUUGCACGUGGCGCGCCCAGAUUUGCUUUCAAUAGC